AGAGGAGAGAGAGAAGCAAGCUGUGCUGUGAAGUGCAACAACUGGCCUCUUCGACAUUAGUCAAUAACAACAAUAGUAAUAAUAAUAAUAAAUAUGUCCUUAACGGUGCUGACCUCUACUUACAGACUGAGGUCCCUUUGCAGACUACGGCGAAUCCAGGGACACAUGAUGUCGAGUCAAGCGGGACAAGAGGUUCUCAUGGAGAACGUGGGCAGAGCCGGCGUGAUCACCCUGAACAGACCUAAAGUCCUGAACGCUCUCAACUUGUCUAUGAUCCAACAGAUCUACCCUCAGCUGAAGAAAUGGGAUAAGGACAAUGCGACUGAUCUUGUGAUUAUCAAAGCAGCAGGUGGGAAAGCCUUCUGUGCAGGUGGAGACAUCAGAGCGGUUACAGAAGCAGGGAAGGUCGGAGACUCUCUCGCACAGGACUUUUUCCGUGAGGAAUACAUUCUGAACAAUGCUAUAGGGACCUGCAGUAAACCAUAUAUUGCCCUCAUUGAUGGAAUAACGAUGGGAGGGGGUGUCGGUCUGUCAGUUCAUGGGCGGUUUCGAGUGGCCACUGAGAAGACGCUGUUUGCCAUGCCGGAGACCGCUAUCGGGCUUUUUCCCGACGUGGGAGGCGGCUAUUUUCUGCCGAGGCUCCAAGGAAAGUUGGGACUGUUUUUGGCUCUGACAGGCUUCCGUCUCAAAGGACGCGACGUGCAGAGAGCCGGAGUCGCUACUCACUUUGUAGAGUCUAAGAAGAUCCCAGACCUGGAGAAAGAGCUGGUGGACUUGAAGUCUCCGUCUGCCGAGGACGUCUCCAGAGUUUUAGACUCCUUCCAGAACAAGAGCGGUUUGGAUGCUGAGAAACCUUUUGUCUUGGACAAGCACAUAUCUGAUAUUGACAGGCUGUUCAGCUCCAGCAGUGUGGAGGGCAUCGUGCAGAACCUGAAGGCAGAUGGCUCCGACUUCGCUAAGAAACAAGCUGAGAUACUGUCUAAGAUGUCUCCCACGUCCCUGAAAGUCACAUACAAGCAGCUGCAGUUGGGCGCCUCUCUGAGCCUGGCGGAUGUGUUGGUGAUGGAGUAUCGACUGAGCCAAGCCUGCAUGAGAGGCUGCGACUUCUACGAGGGAGUCAGAGCUGUUCUGGUCGACAAGGACCAGAGUCCGAAGUGGAAGCCGUCUACGCUGGAGGAAGUGUCGGACCAGAGCGUGGAGCAGUGCUUCUCCUCGCUGGGAGAGAAGGAUCUGACUUUCUGAUUGUCCCGUCAGCCAGCAGCUGCUUCUCACCUCCGAAAAACACACACACACACACACCACUGAGCCUUCCUCUAAACGGCUACUUCCUGCCUCCCAAAAUCUCCGUCAUAGUCAGUCAUUCAACGGGACUGAACUGCUGAGGAUGAAGGGAUAUAAGUGAUGUAGCUAUUUUACAUCAGGUACACACAUAGGUCAGAUACUGCAGUGAGUUGAUGAUUGAUAAACUGCUGUGGCACCUCAUGUGAAAAUGUUGAUUUAACACUAUGUAAAGGAUUGUUAUGUUUUGGGUGUUUAAUGCGAAGAAAUCUUAUAUCAUAU